AAUGAGAGGUGUGUUUUCGGGGUGUGUACCCGGUGAUGUAAGCGGGGUGGGAGGGAAUACCCCCGAAAGCUCUCAGCAUGAAUGCUCUGUGCCGAACCUGUAGCGAUGUGUGAGCAGGCUGCCCGUUACUGCAGAGACGGCGUCCACAAGCUGCUCAGCAAAGAACAAUCCAAACUCCGGUCUCAGAGCAGCGAGACAGAGACGGCAGCGCAGACAGGCAGCGGCGGAGCUCAGCUCGGUGGAAUAGACGGGCUAGUUCGCUGGAUAGUUACCAAGAUGAGCGACAACAAAAAACUCUCUUCCCGGGAAUUCCUCAAGGAGGAGCCGGCGGUUGCACGGGAGAAGUUCUUCAACCCGGAGCCACGGAAAGGCAUCGCUGUCGUAUUGGAUAUAUUUCGAAGAGCAGAUAAAAAUGAUGAUGGGAAGCUCUCCUUGGAUGAGUUCCAGGCCUUCUUCUCUGACGGGACUCUCAACGAGGAGGAGCUGGAGAAGCUGUUCCACUCGAUAGACUCGGACAACACAAAUAAUGUCGACACCAAUGAGCUCUGUGAUUACUUUGCCUCUCACAUGGGGGACUAUGAGGAAGUGCUGGCCUCCCUGGAGACCCUCAACCUAUCCAUCUUAAAGGCCAUGGGCUACACCAAAAGCGUGUACGAGCGAGGCACCAAUGUGGAUCAGUUUGUGACCCGCUUCCUGCUGAAGGAAUCAGCCAAUCAGAUUCAGUCCCUUCUGAACUCGGUGGAGAGCGCGGUCGAUGCCAUUGAAGAGCAGACCUCCCAUCAGACGGGUCACUACCAGAGUAAAGGGGGUCACCACGUCUCGGAGGCCCGGUACGAGAACCCUGUCCAUGAGUACCCCCCCAACAACAGGGUCACCGCAAGGGAGCAGAAGAGGAACAUCCAGACUGGUCCAGUGGAGAUCAGAGAAGAGGGAUUGGAGGCCCAGAUAAACAGACUGGCCGAGCUGAUUGGGAGAUUGGAGAGCAAGACUGUGUGGCUUGACCUGCACCAGAGGCUGACUGACACUGAUGGCACAGCCUGCGCAUCCUUGUACCUGGUGCGUCAAGAGAUGAGCGUAUCCCAGAAGCACCUGGGAGAGUUCUGCGAGGCGCUGAAGCAGUACAUGAAAAACGUCUCGGCACAGAGGGACUGCUUUCAUGUUACUGCAGUGAGGCUGCCUGAUGGAAUCACCUUUGUUGUAUAUGAGUUCUGGGAGGGACAGGAGGAAUGGAAGAGACACCUCCAGAGCUCUCCCUGCAAGGUGUUUCAGCAUGUGAAAGUGGACACUCUGACCCAGCCUGAGUUCGUCUCCAGCGUCGCUGUACCAGCUCUCUGGUGCUCCCUGAACCGGGACUGACUCUGCCGCCCACCCCGCCCCAGCCCGUUCCAGACCACCCUUCUCUCCAGUAGCUGUUCGCUGAAUGCUCGUCCCCCACUGCUGAGGAUUUACUUGCAUCUUUUGUAAUGAUUUGUUUCCAGACAGUCUGUUAGAUACUUAACCGAGCACACGGCAGGGAAUGUAGGGUCUGUGAGGGCUUUGUGAUUUACUGUUAAAGUGAAGGAAAGCAAACAACCCAACAGAAACAGAGCGGCUCAGCAGAGACGUUCACUUUGAGUGCUUCAGCAGGGCGUGUCUAAGAGCACAGGUACCGUCUCUUACUCUCCUUUCCACCCCCGAUUCCUCCCUCCCUUCCUUCAUGCACUUGCACACAUUUACACCCACACACACACAGCAAUGUGAUCCAGCUAAAAGAAUCUGUAAUACAAGAGAAUAUUGGUUUUUUUUUUUUGUUUUUUUUUUUUACUGUGUCAAGUGCCUUGAGAUGUUCAGGCCUGCACAUGAUAAGACGCUAUAUAUAAAUCGAAGUUACUGUUGUUGUGCUAGGAUCGCAACGCAAGAGCAACAUGUUCUGUAAUAAUAUAUGUCAAGAUUUUUUUUAAAAUUUUUCACAUGGUGUAUUGCUUGUGAGUUACACUGAAUACACACACACACAUCGGACUGAUAUCUUUUUUUAGGACGUUUCGGACAAAAUCCUUUCUGCUGUGUAGAGAGAAAAGUAAACACUCUAACAUUCUUCAUAAAACUGAAUACCUGUGCGAAGCAAAUUGCUUAUCUAAUAGUAACGUGAUAGGUUACCUGUAGUGCUGGAAUAUACAGCCUCUAUACAGCAUCCCGAGCAUCUCUUGUUGCUUUCCUUCCCUUUAUUCAAGUGCAUGUGCUCUGGAUGUCCAGUCAGUUAUUUGCAGUAGAAUUUAGCCUUGCUACUUUAAAUGGGUUUGUGCAUUUCGUAUUUGCUUUCUUUUGUAUCCUGUAAAAAGGACAAAAAAAAACAACUAAAAAACAAAGCGGUAGUGAAGAAUGAAUCUGCUUGAAUCACUUUUACAGCAUUGUUUAAAUAAUUCUUAUAUGUUUGAGUACUCUCCCUGUCUCUGAGCAUAGGGAGUGCAGGGAUGCAGGCAGUAUUAUAUUCAGUCUGAUAUUACUUUAAUUAUUACAGGUAAUGUACAGUAAAGUUAAUCCAAAAUAAAACA